GUUAAAUUACUAUUCAGGAGUAUCGAUUUUGUUCCAUCAACUCAAAUCUCCCGCCAAACCUAGUGCUUGUCGAUCAGCUCGUUUCUUACUUGCCUGUGUACCUCCGUACGUCUAGCCAGACAAAUAAAUAGUAACAAUAGAGUGAGCCUAAUGUAAUCGUAUUACAAUCCUUUAUUCUAUUUGUACACCGAGUUGAGGAUUUAUUCGAACACACUGAAGUGAAAUUCCCUCGUUCCUAUGCCUAUAUAUAUACAUAAGCUAUGCUACCAUAGUCCACUAACAUUCUCUCAAACCCAUAAGAUCAUCCAAACCAAUGUUUGUUUCCUCCUCAAAUUAAUUUCUUGGAUAUUCAUCACUUCACUCGAUUCCAAAAACCCACACCACCAGACCACCUCCGUCUCCGCCGUAAAUCAAAUUCCGACGACCAAAUCUUGUUGCUGCAUACACCACCACUACUAAUAUUUAAACUCUCAGUGCUGACAUGGCUUCGCCAGCUCUGUCCCUGUACGAGGUUUUGGGGAUUCCCAUGGGCGCCAGUGGUCACGAAAUCAAGGCGGCGUACCGGAAACUGGCGAGGACGUGUCAUCCCGACGUGGCCGCCGUCAACCACAGAGACACGUCGUCGGCCGAAUUCAUGAAGAUUCAUGCGGCUUACUCCACACUGUCGGAUCCCAACAAGCGUGCUGUUUAUGACCGCGAUCUUUUUAGCGUACGUCAAAGGUUUGGGAAGCUGUCCACGAAUUCGGCGGCGAUGGCGGCGGCCGUGUCGGGGUUUACCGGUUAUCCUCGCCGGAAUUGGGAGACUGACCAGUGUUGGUAGUGGAUUUGAAGUAAUUGAUUGUGUUAAUUCUAAAGGGUUAAUUUUGUAUAUUUUAGUGAAACUAUGUACGAAUUAAAUAGUAGUAAUUCUGAGUGUUCGUAAAGGAGUUGGAUUUCAAUUUCCAAGGCUAUGAUAUGAGAACAUUGAGAAGUAUAUAAACUUGGGUUAGCUAA